GAGUGCAGUCCGAGCUCAGUUCCUCUCUUCAGCGGUAAGACUGAAAGAAGCAGAGAAACCACGCAGCACCAGAGCACAGUCCACCGGCUCAUCUCAGUAUGUGGCAGAGAACUACCCGGUGUUGAAGGAGGACGACAGAACAGACGGAGGUCGGCAAAUCUCAGGGUCGCCAAAUUGCCCGUUCCUGGACACUUAAACGGGAGGAUCUUCAUAUUUAUGAUCCCCGGUUGUACACAUCUUAGAACUGCCCGUCCUCUACCUCCAACCCCGAGAGGCGAAGCGUCACGAUCCACGUAGACGUGAAGCCACCAUGGCUCCAGAAUUCUGUGCGUCACUUUGGUGAGCGUGGGGCCGUCAGAGGGAAGAAGACAUGUUGGGACAGAGGGCUGGGCACCGCAUUGAAGCUUGCUGUAGUAACCAUGGAAACGGUGUGGAGGAGUUUGGCCUGCGUUGGCAUCAUCGCCAUGGUUGCCAGUGGAGUGGCAGAGAGUUGGAGUCCUGAGGAGUUUGCACAGUCUCAAGCUGAGUUUCUGUCCAGCUUGGGCCAGUAUGAGAUCGCCAUCCCAGUGCGCGUGGGGCCGCAUGGGGAAACGCUAUCGGAAGAGGAGACCUCUCACAGGAAUGGCCGACACCGGCGUAGCACGGAAACGCAGAGCGUUCCAGAGCCGCAGCUGUACUAUCAGCUCUCCACGUCGAGCGCUGACCUUUUGCUCAACCUCACGCUGCAGGGAGGACUGCUCUCGCGACAGUUCCGUGUGGAAUACUGGAAGAGGGGCCACUUGGCUUGGAGUCACCCAUACUUGCCCAACUGCCACUAUGUGGGUCACCUGCAGCACCAGCCUCACUCGAGUUCCGUGGCUCUUAGCAACUGUAAUGGCCUGCAAGGGGUCAUUGUAGCAGGAGGUGAGGAGUACCUUAUCGAACCCCUUGUUUCUGCUAAAAAUUUCACUAACGAGGAUGGCAGAGAAGGGCGCCCCCAUGUGGUGUACAAACGGUCGUCUCUGAGAUACCAGAACAUGGACCAGUCCUGUGGAGUCAUCGAUGAGAAGCCUGGUAAGAGCUAUGGAUGGUGGCAGAGAACAAUUAAGCCCUCACCCAACCAGAUGGGACGGGGCCAGUUACCACUGAAGCGUUCUGUCAGCAGAGAGCGCUACGUUGAAACCCUGGUGGUGGCCGACAAGAUGAUGGUCAGCUAUCACGGCCGUCGCGAUAUCGAGCAGUAUAUUCUGGCCGUCAUGAAUAUUGUUGCCAAACUGUUCCAGGAUUCUAGCCUGGGGAAUGCAGUGAACAUCGUUGUGACGAGGCUUAUUCUACUGAUGGAGGACCAGCCCACACUAGAGGUAAACCAUCAUGCAGGGAAGUCUUUAGACAGUUUCUGCAAGUGGCAAAAGUCUAUCCUGCACCGGAACGGACAUGGGAAUGCCAUCCCUGACAAUGGAAUCGCUCAUCAUGAUACAGCAGUCCUCAUCACCAGAUAUGACAUCUGCAUCUACAAGAACAAACCCUGUGGAACACUUGGUCUGGCACCUGUUGGCGGUAUGUGUGAGCCAGAGAGAAGCUGUAGCAUCAAUGAAGACAUUGGUCUGGCCACUGCUUUCACCAUUGCACACGAGAUAGGACACACGUUCGGGAUGAAUCAUGAUGGUGUUGGCAACGCAUGCGGGGUGCGCAGUCAGGAGACUGCUAAACUCAUGGCUGCCCACAUCACCAUGAAGACUAACCCCUUCGUCUGGUCCGCCUGCAGCCGCGAUUACAUCACCAACUUCCUCGACUCUGGCAUGGGUUCCUGCCUAAACAAUGUUCCCCCCAAGCAGGAAUUUGUUUACCCCACCACAGCCCCUGGCCAAGCCUAUGACGCAGACGAGCAGUGCCGAUUUCAGUACGGAGUGAAGUCUCGUCAGUGUAAAUACGGGGAAGUGUGCAGUGAGCUUUGGUGCAUGAGUAAAGGGAAUCGCUGCAUCACCAGUAGUAUCCCAGCAGCCGAGGGCACCAUCUGUCAGACCAGCACCAUCGAAAAAGGGUGGUGCUACAAAAGAGUGUGUGUGCCGUAUGGAACACGUCCGGAGGGGGUGGAUGGUGGGUGGGGCCACUGGUCACCGUGGGAGGAGUGCAGUCGCACCUGUGGGGGCGGAGUCUCGUCCUCUAUUCGCCAUUGUGACAGCCCCAGGCCAACAGUUGGAGGGAAAUAUUGUCUGGGAGAGAGGAAGCGCUUCAGAUCCUGCAACAUUGAUGAGUGCCCGGCCGGAUCGCAGGAUUUUCGGGAGAUUCAGUGCUCGGACUUUGACAGCGUUCCCUUUCGGGGGAAAUUCUACACCUGGAAGCCAUACAGGGGUGGUGGAGUGAAGUCAUGUUCGCUGAACUGCCUGGCAGAGGGCUAUAACUUCUACACCGAGCGCGCUCCAGCUGUGGUGGACGGCACACCUUGCAGGGAUGAUUCUCUGGACGUUUGUGUUAAUGGCGAGUGUAAGCACGUGGGCUGUGACCGGAUCCUGGGCUCGGAUGUUCGGGAAGAUCGCUGCCGCAUUUGUGGAGGAGAUGGGAGCAGCUGCCAGGUCAUUGAGGGGGUCUUCAAUGACUCCUUGUCUGAAGGAGGUUAUGAGGAGGUGGUCAGAAUCCCCAAAGGAUCUGUAUUCAUACACAUCCAAGAGCUCAACGUCUCUCACAAUUACUUGGUGUUAAAGAGCAAAGGAGAUCAGUACUUCAUCAACGGCAAGUUGACCAUCGACACGCCGAGACGCUUCGACAUCGCGGGAACCACCUUCCACUACCGCCGACCCACCAAUGAACCGGAGACCCUGGAAGCACUCGGACCCACCAACAUAACCCUGAUCGUCAUGGUGUUGGUCCGUGAGGAAAAUCCUGGGAUCCUUUACCGUUUUAACCCACCUGUCAACAGAGAUCCCCUGAGCAGUUAUGCCUGGCAUUAUACAUCCUGGUCCCGCUGCUCAGCGCUGUGUGCAGGAGGGGUUCAAGUCCAGCAGGUAGUGUGCAAGAAGCAAGCCGAUCUCUCGGUGGUAUACAACCACUUCUGCGACAAGAAGAACAAGCCUAAAGACAAGAAAAGAACCUGCAACUUGGAGCCCUGCCCCCCAACGUGGUGGACUGGAGAUUGGUCAGAUUGCAGUCGAAGCUGUAACGGAGGAGUGCGUACUCGGGAAGUGCUGUGUAAGAGAAAGAUCUCGGUUACAGAGGAGAAAGUCCUUGAUGACACGGCCUGCACCCCACCACGGCCUUCUAUCACUGAGCCCUGCAACAACCACACCUGUCCACCAGAAUGGCAUGCCCUGGACUGGUCUGAGUGUACUCCUAGCUGUGGUCCUGGUUACAGGUACCGCGUCAUUUUGUGCAGAAGUGGCGAGAACGGUGAAACGUUGCCGGAGUCAGAGUGCCCGAAACAAAGCCGUCCGACCACCAGGGUGCGCUGCAACAUACAACGAUGUCCACCACCACAGUGGGUUACAGGAUCCUGGGGAGAGUGCUCGGCUAGGUGCGGUAUGGGUCAGGAGAUUCGUUUAGUGCAGUGCCUAUCACACACUGGCCAGCCAUCCAAUGAGUGCCCUGAGACACAUCGUCCUGCCACUAUGCAGCAGUGCAAGAGCAAGUGUGACAGCAGUGGCCCUACAGACAACCCUGAAGAGUGUAAAGAUGUGAACACAGUGGCAUACUGCCCCCUGGUGCUCAGGUUCAAAUUUUGCAGCCGUGCAUACUUCAGACAGAUGUGCUGCAAAACCUGCCAAGGACACUGACCUCCCUCUCUCUCUCUCUCUCACUCUCGAUGUCUCUCUCUCUCUUGCCCUCAUUUUCUUCGCUCUCCGCCUUCCCGUCUUGCAUGGCCAAAACCGCCCAUGCUCAGCAUUCCGCUGGAGGAGCGCUGUUAACCACUGGCAGACUGACAUCAUUGUGAGAGAAAGCGUGGAAGAAAUGAGAGCGCGUGAGAGAGAGAGACGUAAAAAGAAAGAGAGAGAAAGUCUGUGCUGCUCUCUUUCUCUUCCUCCGACCAGCUGCUUUGGCAUUGCUGCUGUGAAUACCAGUCUGCCCAAAACACAUCUGUCAGUGUUUCUUUUGCUCUUCCAUGUGGUGCUUUCGCCCAUCACUGUCAUACAGAGAAGUGUUUGCGUGAACUGUCACAGCUGUACUGCUAAAUCUCAGUGAAUAAUAGUCGUCUAAUAUUGUAAUGUGAUAUAGGAAGCAUUUAUAGACUAGUCUUUAGUCUCAAAGGUGCACUCAGUAAUUUUUUUGCGUGUGUAGCGCUGGUCGUGUUGGACGUUACUGACACCUAGUGUUUUGGAUGAAUCAUCAUGCACAGUUGUUUUUAGUUACCAAUUUCAUUUUAGAAAAGCACUGCUCACAUUCAUUAAUAAUUUAACCCACGAGUGUCAAAAAACAACCAGGUUAGUGAGUUAAAAUUAGUAAAGUUGAGCUGGUUGUGUGAUCUCAAUAUGAGAUGAAAAAUAAACGAAAAAUAAAACAACUCUUGUUAGUCUGGGAUGUUAAAAAUAUUUUUGAAAAGGACUUUACAUUGCUUGUGUAUAAAAUUUAACUUUGGAAAAACAUUAUUGAGUGCAUCUUUAAAGGGAUAGUUUACCCAAAAAGGAAAAUCCUUUACUAGUGAAAAAUAAAUACACUAAAAUGUAUUUAAAAUACAUUUAUUUUCAUGCUCAAGUAUACUACAAAUACAUUUACAUAUUAUGUACUUAAUAAAAUACCCUGCAAUUGUACUUUUAGUAUACUAAACUAGUAUAUUUUACAGUCUGCUAAAUUGAACCAACUAAUUUUAUACUUAAUGCACUUUAAUUGUGCAGAAGUAGUGCUGAAGUCCAACUAAAGAUAUGCUUAAGUAUAUCUGAUUGUGCUAAAGUGGAACUAUUGCAAGUGUACUUUAGGUACACUUCAAAUAUCUUGCGUUUAGAGACCAAUAUUAUAUCGGUAAGUCUCGAGCGAUAUGUCAUUAAAUUAACUUGAACUAUACUUAGUAUAAAACAAAUGCAUUUUAAAAUUAUUACUUUUUUACUAGGGGUUACAAACCUGUAUGACUUUGUAUGUCCAUACAAUAAAGCACAUUCUUCAAGGAAAAUCAGUCAUAAUGGUUAAGAACAACAUGACAGUGAGUAAUUUUUGUAUUUGUAUUCAUUUUUUGGUGAACUAUCCCUUUAAGGGACUUGGAGCAGUUUACAAACUAACCAACAGUUAAAUAUUUUUACUAAGAGUUGCCCAUUUAAAACAACAUGAGCAACGGUGUGGUCAUAUUUACCGCUGUUCCAAGAGUUUUCACGCUGAAGUCUAGUCAUUUCAAUGGGAUUUUUACUUAAGGGAGAAAUUUCCCCUACAGGUUUUGCCACGAAUACAGCAAGUUGCGAAAUCGCUAUGUUGAGCACCAGAAAACUGUAUGUUUUUAGCAUAACUUGUAUGUGAGCUGUGCUUUGUAUAUUGCUACACUAUGCUAAGCAAUGGACCCUAUGCAAAGAAAAUUUCGCCAAAAAUUCACUAAUGUGACCGCACCUUAAAGGGAUAGUUCACUCAAAAAUGAAAAUUUUGUCAUUAAUUACUCACCCUCAUGUUGUUCCAAACCAAUAUGCUCUCACUCUCAACUCGUGACAUACUGACGCUUGGUCAGGACCUCUUGGCGUCAUUUUUUGAUGCUCAGGGCAUCACUUUUGGACAUACAGGGUCCUCCAUUGCUUCUAGUUGUUUGCGUUGCAUGCAUUUGCAAAAGACAUUUUAUAUAAAUUUAUACUUUUAUAGAUAUUUUCAUUUUGGAGCACCUAACCCCACCCCUACCCUAAACCUACCCACUUCCGAACAAUAUAAGACACGCAACAGGCGAGUAAAUGUACUGACUAUGUACGGCGCAUAGAGACGCCGAUUGCGUCUGUUCCUCUCAGAAAUCAAUCUUUUUGCCUUGGAAGACGGGAUAUUAAUAGAUCUUAAAUUAAUGGUGACUGUAGUUGUAUCUGCCUGUUAUAUCCUGUUUUAUAUUGACAAAUGGUUAGGUUUAGGGGCAGGAGUUAGGUUACAUGCUCAUAAAUGUGUAAAUUGUGUAAUAUUGUGUAAAAAUAAUUGUUUUGACUGUUUACACUGGAAAAAAAAUCACACGGCAACAUUAUGAAAGAAUGGCAAAAUUAUUACCCAAUAUGUAAUUUAAUCAUGGCGAUAAAAUUCCCAGUGCCUUUCGCAACAGCAUAUUGACGCCAAAGGUUUCUUAUUUAAAUCAAUGGAGGACACUACAUGUCGGUUCCCUGUCCGUCAAAAAUUGACACCAAUGGGUCCUGUCCAAGCGUCAAUAUAUUACGAGUUGGAAGUGAGAAUGUGUUGUCCUUUAUUCUUCUUUGUAACACAAAUUAAGAUAUUUUUGAUGAAAUCUGAGAGCUUUCUGACCCUGCAUAGACAGCAACGCAACUAACACGUUCAAGGCCCAGAAAGGUCGUAAGGACAUUGUUAAAACAGUCCAUGUGACAAUACUUUUUGUGUGCAAAGAAAACCACAAUAACUACUUUAUUCAACAAUUUUUUUCUCAGCUUCUCGUCGCUUUAUAAAAUUACUGUUGAAACACUGACGUCAACUAUUUUAACAAGGUCCUUACUGUCUUUUUGGGCCUUGAAUGUUUCAUUUGCAUUGUUGUCUAUGCAGGGUCAGAAACCUUCCAAAAAAUAUCUAAAUUUGUGCUCUGAAGAUGAAAGGGCUUAGGAGUUUGGAACGACAUGAGGGUGAGUAAUUAAUGACCGAAUUUUCAUUUUGGGGUAAACUAUCCCUUUAAUGCUUCAUAAUACAGAUGAAUGCUGCAGUUGAGUAGGAACAUUUACAUGCCUGUUGACAUUGAAGAAUUUAAUCGCUGUCCGUGUGAACUGCCCUUUAGAGACAGUCCAGAUCACUCAGAUAUCAUAAGCUCUCAUUCGGUGUGGUUGGUGCUGAGAUACUGUAUCUUUAAAUCUGACGGCCUUGUGGCUAUUUGCAGGUGCUGUGCCGUUUUCUUGCCAUCCGGUUCCAUAAUGCUUACACUAAUUAAUCAUAAGAUAUUCAAACCUGGAUGAACAAUGAACCGUUUAGCAAAUAGAGGGAAACGAGAGGCAAGCUCAGUUUAGCUUCCGUGCACAACGUAAUUGUAGUUAAUGAGGCCAAUGGAAGCUGUUGUUGAACCAUGUGAUGGUCAUAUUCUCAGACACUUUUUUUUUUUUACUUAAGAUAACGUACUGUACUUCUAACGCACCGCAAGUCUGCAUGCAACAAAUGUGGUGACAAUGCAGAAUUGUGACCCGAGUAACCUUCUGGUUGCUUCUGGGUUGUUUCUGCUUCAUUUUAUUAUGUUAGGACCCCAAAUAUUCAUGCUCUCAUAUAUCUACUUGCCCUGUUCUGUGGAACACAAAAUGAUAUUCAAUGUCCAAGCUGCGUUAUUCAAUACAGUCAAAGUGGUUAAUGAUCUUAAAAAGCACCAUAAAAGUGCUACAGUUAUAUUCAAAUUGCUUUGUAUGGGUAAAAUACCAAAAUAUAAGUCAUUGUUUGUGGUGACAAUCCAGAAUGGCAUCUGAAUAUGCAUUUUGAGAGUAAAGUGGAAGAAUUAAGGUGGAAGUAAUAGUUUUUGCAAAUUUUAUUUGGGUCUGUUCCUCACAAAAGGGUUUGGAACAGCACAAUGGUGAUUAAAUGACAAAAUUGUUUUUAACUUUUACAGUUUUCAUAACAUAUUGAUUGGAUUCCCUUUCAGAACCUACAACCCAUUUCUAUCCCAAAUAUCAACAUUUAGCUCAAAUUAGUGUCAGUCUAGUGUCAGUGUCAGUUAGAGAGCCAAAACAGACCUUCUCCCCGUCCUGGGUCUUGGCAGCGCACGUCGAAUGUUUGAUUUGAAGAGCAGAUCUUGAAGAGUUGGCCUCCAUUCAAGAACUGGUGGCUAAUCUGUGGUGCUACAGUAUGGUGCUAUGUCCUUAUUUGUCAGUUAUCUCAAGAUUCAUGUUAUUUUUGUAUUGUAGGGAUUGUUUUGCUAAAGGUAAUACAUUUGCUAAGGAAAAAAAUAUAUAUGUAAGCAAGAUUCUAUGAAAACUAGAAUUAUUGUUCAAGUCUCUCUGCAGAGACACUAACUUUGUAAUCGUUUCUUUGGUACAAUUAUUAUGUGAAGGAUGAAAAUUGCUGUUUUGCUUUUGAUGGUAAGCUUUUUUAUCUUUACAUUUUGCAAUAACUGUAGAUUCACUUUGGAAAUGCAGUCACACUUGUUUAUUUGGACUUGUUUAAUGUUGAUUUUCACAUGCUACUCAGUUACAUGCUGUACCAUUAUGUGCUUGUGAUGUAGUUUAUGUCCGUAAUUGUAUGUAGACCAGUUGAAAUGAAUUUGAAACGCUGAAUAAAAGAUGCAUUGUGUACAAAUAUUAUCCAAUGUAUCGUUUUAUGUGUUUUAUAUCCAGACUUUGUGAGAGAUUACAGUUUUUACACACUGUCAUAUGUCUGUCAUAUAAACCUUAGACUUGUAGGCUUGUUUCUUUGUCAUAUGUGUGUGUUUACACUGUACGUCCAUCUGCACUGUACGUUAUUGCUAUGUUGAAUAUAAAA